AUGGGAAAAGGAAAAGUUGCAGCACAGUGUUCUCAUGCUACACUUGGUUGUUUUCAAAAAGCAUGCGAACAAACUCCUGAUGCUGUUGAUACAUGGUUUUCUGGUGGACAAGCUAAAGUUGUUUGUAAAUGUGAGUCAGCGGAUGAUUUAGAAGAAUUACAACGUCAAGCUAAACGUAAAGGUCUUACAACUUGUCUGAUACGAGAUGCAGACGAACACAGAUUGAACCUGGUAAUAAAACAGUACUUGGAAUUGGACCAGCAUCUUCAAAAUCAAUCAAUGAGAUAA